AUGAAUUCGCGCCGGUCGAGGUCGGUGAAGCUGGUGUCGGCGCGCGCCAACAGGGCCCUGGAGGUGGACAUCGCGGAGGAAGGCGAGGACGCGCGGAUGAGCUCCUCCGCCGCCAACACCGUGUACUGCUGUAUCGCCAAAGGCCGGAGUGUCAUCUAUCGGUACAGCAGCAGCAAGGGCGGCGACAGCAGCGGCGACCCACAGGUGGAGGCCACCGCCGCGCUCUGCCUUGAAAGCUCGCCGCCGCACCACCGGCAUUACGUCCACACCUCUGGGUGCCGAAGCUACGGCUACCUGAUGGUUGACGGCCACACUUUCUUCGCCAUCAUCGACCCCAGCGUCGGGAGCGCCGGUGCGCUGCAGUUCCUAGAGCGUGUACGGGACGCGUUCCGGAGCAGCGGUGGCGGCGGCAGCAGGAACAACGGAUUCCAUGAAUCUCUGGUGCCGGUGGUCCAGAGACUGGUGGCGUCACUGGAGAAGAUGCCCCAUGUCGCGUUCGUUCUCGAGGAGGAUGGCGCGGGCGCUGGCGACGGUGGCAACGGCUGCACGUCGUCAUCGCCAUCUAAGGUGCCUCUGCUCGGGAAGAGUGGGAGCAGGAAGGAGAAGCGGCGGUCCAGGGACAAGCUAGCGUCGGCGACGGGGGACAGCGAGGAUGAGCACCACGGGACCAGGGCGGUGAGGAUAGACGUGCCAAAUGAGGAGGUCGCCGGCGGCAUGUCACUGGAGCGCAGCGUGAGCCAGUCCAGGCUGCGGAGGCAGCAGCAGCAGCCGUCACGGUCACUAUGGAUGCGCCAUGUGAAGGUCAUCAUCGUCAUCAACGCCGUCGUCUGCCUCGUGCUGUUCGCGGCUUGGCUGGCAGUGUGCAAGGGAUUCCAGUGUGUUUCCGGGUGA